AUGCUUACAACGCAAUUUCUGGCUGCGUGGGUCUCUGUUGCUCCCAUCGCUGCCGCAGUUGCAGUUGAGUCUGCUGGGGACCACGUCGAGAUUUUCCAACGACAGGACGGCCAUGUCGCCCCCGGUACUGCCUCUGAUUGCACCUUUUACGAAACCGUCAAUGAAAGUACGCAGAAUUGUGAAUAUUGGGAAACCUCAUGGUCCAUCUCGCACGCCGACUUUGUCGAUUGGAAUCCCAGUGUAAAGUCGGACUGUAGCGGCCUCAUGGUGGGUAACUCGUACUGCGUCGAAGUCAAUUAUGGUGUUCCUCGGCCGGCAAAGACAGCUUCCUCAACACAGUCGACCAAACCCACCGCUGGUUCCAAGGCUAGCCCAACUCAGCCAGGCCUCGCGCAGGACUGCACCGCCUUUUACCAGGCAAAGUCUGGCGAUACCUGUGAGAAGAUAGUCACGUCUUACGGGACCUUUAGCCUUGACGACUUCUUCCGAUGGAAUCCAGCCGUGGGGCCAAGCUGCUCUCGUCUUUUGGCCAACUACUACUACUGCGUGGCUGCCCCCGGCUCGUUUUCUAAGCCGACCACUGGCCCAUCUCCAACACAGAGCGGCAUCGCCAAGGACUGCACAACCUUUUAUAAGGUACAGCCCGGCGACUCAUGCCAGGGUAUUGUUGAUGAGUACGGCACAUUUUCCUUGCAAGACUUCAACAAGUGGAACCCAGCAGUCGGCUUGGACUGCCGGAGUCUACUUGCCGGAUACCAUGUUUGUGCCGGCGUGCCUGGAACACCGACUGAGAAGCCAAAGCCCGAUGGUCCGUCGCCAAGACAACCUGGCAUUGUCAAGACGUGCGAUAAGUACUACCGUGCUCUUUCUGGCGACACUUGUCAAGGAAUAGUCGACAAGCAUGGUGGCAACUUGAAAUUACAGGACUUCUACACAUGGAAUCCGGCAGUUAAGAAUGAUUGUAGUGGUUUGUGGAUGGGUUACUACUAUUGCGUCCGUGUCCCUCCCAUGUUCCAGGUCAAGGCUAUGUAUCACGCCGACUGCAGCGGGAAGGAGCAUGAUCGGGUGACUAUUGCGAAUAAGAAUGAUGGACUAUGUCUGAACACCAAUUGUGCUGUGGCGUCUCUAGAUAUUGACGCUGUUGGCCAAUGUCCAGAAGGACAGGUACAGAUAAGCUAUUGGGAAAGGCCAGGUUGCACCGGUAAGUGGUAUGGGUAUGGGUACGCCAGCAUAGGCCAAUGCCGUAAAUUGUGGACAGAGGGAUGGAAGUUUAAAGCGGUGCAUCUGAGAUGUGCGGACGAAAAGGAUGAUUGCGUCACCAAGGGAACAUGCAAGUUUGAUGCGGAGCCGGCCAACUUUGUGUGCUAG